AGUACGUGCUAUGUACUUGUAGACAGUAGACGAAGGUAAUACUCACUCCGUGGCAAGUGGCACUCGAGUUUAGUUUCUGUUGGCAGUUUCUGAGAGAUCCUUCUCCGAUUCAUGGCGGCAACCCACUCGCACGCUCCAGAUCCUGUUCCUGGUGUGCAUGUGUGGAUUUGUGCACACAUAAUCAUAGCUUCAAGUUUUCCUAUCCCCAAAUUUAGCUUUGGUUGGUCAAUAAUUUGUACUGCCUAUGUUUCUGAGACUCUACUAAGUGUAUGAGCAUACUGAUCAUGGAUGCAGAAGAGAAACCUGCUGAAUCAGAUAACAUGAUGGAGCAGCCUAUUUCAGCCCAAAAUGAGAAGUUGGUUCCUCCUAAGUCUUCUCAGGAUGCUGCUGCACCUGCAAUAGCCCAUCCAAGGGAGCCUGCCGGUCAAUUAGGAUCCAUUGGUUCAGGCGGAGAUCACAGGAUCUUCCCAUCCAAUGUGUAUGCCCCUCAGGCACAGUCCUUCUACUAUAGAGGUUAUGAAAAUGCUAAUGGUGAAUGGGAUGAGUAUCCCCCAUAUGCCAAUGCUGAAGGUUUGGAAAUGGGAUCACCUGGUGUGUUCAAUGAGAAUCCUUCUCUCGUCUACCACCCUGGAUAUAGCUACAGUCCGCAUCCGCAAAUGCCUUAUGGACCAUAUUCUCCAGUCACACCACCUUUGCCUUCUGUGGGUGGAGAUGCACAGUUAUACUCCCCACAGCAAUUUCCAAUCUCAGGACCACCUUUCUACCAGCAGCUGAUGCAUCCAAAUAUCCAAUAUUCACCAACACCUGCUUCGCAGCCUGAAUUCUCCUCCUUAAUGAGUGUUGAUCAACAAGUUGAUAAUAUGUUUCUUGGACCAAGGCCUGGUUAUCCUCCUCAAUUGGAAUCUUUUGGCAGAGCCAGCUUUCCUGGAAAUUCUGGUACUCUUGGUUUUCAUGAUCUGCAGCUAGGAUUUGAAGGACCGAGAUCUGGAGGAAUAUGGUCGGAUUGGUCAAAGACCUCGGGCAGACAGAGGUCUUUAACUCCCUUAUCACCAGCAUUAUCUCCACAGUCAUUCAGCACAAUUGGGUCAUUUGGACAAAACGUUGGAAUGGCAUCUCAACCACAAAGAUCAAUGUAUGGCUUUGGAUCUGGAUCAAACACCAAUGACAGGGCCUACAUGAAUGGUGGUUUCAAUCAGAGCUCCAGCUUUGAAAGUGCACCGAUUUCUAAUUUUGGAACAAACAAUCGGGCCUGGCUUUCUCUUGAAGCCAACAGGCGGCGUAGUAGGAGCAGUGGUUCUCUUUGUGGCUGCAAUGCUCCUUUUGAUAUUCUUAAUGAGCAAAAUCGAGGACCUCGAGCAUCGAAGCCUAAGAGUCAAAUCUCUGCUGAACAUAAGCCUGCUGUAGACAGUAAAAAGUACAGCAAAUCUGACAGCAGGAUACAUGACGACUUGUACAACCGUCCAGAUUUUGUCACGGACUGCAAAGAUGCUAAAUUCUUCGUCAUCAAAUCGUACAGUGAAGAUAAUGUUCACAAGAGUAUCAAGUAUGGUGUGUGGGCCAGCACGCCAAACGGGAACAAAAAAUUAGAUGCUGCUUAUCAUGAAGCUAAGAAGCGAGAGACAUGUCCAUUGUUUCUCUUGUUUUCGGUGAAUGCUAGUGCACAAUUCUGUGGAGUGGCUGAAAUGGUUGGACCUGUUGAUUUUGACAAGAGUGUGGACUACUGGCAGCAAGAUAAAUGGAGUGGUCAGUUUCCUGUGAAGUGGCAUAUCAUAAAAGAUGUCCCUAACAGCCAGUUUCGUCACAUAGUACUGGAAAAUAAUGACAACAAGCCUGUGACCAAUAGCCGAGACACUCAGGAGGUGAAAUUGGAGCAAGGCAUUGAGAUGUUGAACAUUUUUAAGAAUUAUGAGACCGAUACAUCAAUUGUAGAUGAUUUUGACUUCUAUGAAGACCGACAGAGAACCAUGCAAGAAAGAAAGAGGCAGCAAGCUAACUUGAUGGCUGUAGGGGUUGUUGGGGAUAACGAUCAUAGAAAUCCUGUAGCAUUAUCCAGCGAUCUCAUCAAGCAGAUGUCAAAAAGUUUUGCACAAGUUGUCCAAUUGGACGAGGGAGGUAAAGAGGGCGCUGUUCCUGACAGAGCUAGCGCUCCGGCUGAUACUAUCACUGCAGGUGUCCCCACUGCACAGGGCAGCUAGAAAGACAUAUCAAUACUUCCUGGCUUCCUGCUCUUGGAAGUUGGAAGUACUACUUCACUGUAUGUGGCUUGAACUUGGCUUCUAUUCCCUAGUUUCUUUAUCAUUUUGUGAAGAAUCUUAUUUAUUGGGAUUUGUUUGAGUGCUUAAUAGAUAGGAAGGAUUUUUAUAGGGCUCUUUGGCUUGGUGUAUUAUAUCAUAUAUGACAUUCUGACUGCUGCUUUUUUUUUUUUUAAAAAAAAUUGUCAUUUGAUUUUCUUUUC